UUUGCAUUUCUAUCCCCCAAUACUAUGUUCUUAUUACCUAAAUCUCUUUAAUCUUUAAAUGAAGAAUGCAGAACAGUUCAUGCCAUAACAGAUGUCUGGAAGGGCAUAAUAUUGUACAUUUUGGUUGUACUCUCUUUCUCUCACUGGGGGUGUGGUGUAUGCUCUGGUGUUGAAAUCAGAGGCUUGAGAUUUGUGAAAGACAAUAUCUGGCAACAGCAGACAAUUUUACCAACGGCAAAACGCAAAGACCAUUUCUGUCCUGGGGAAAAUGGAAACAGAAUUGGAACAAGAUCAAGAAGCUACAACUGCGCUUUAUUUAAAUGAAAGCACACAAAACAUUACAUCCACAGAUCCAAGCUUGUGCAACAGCACACAAUGUUACAUGGUCCUGACCGAACCAGAGAAGAAAGCUAUUGGCACAAUCUGCUUGCUAGCCGGCCCUGUGACGUUCUUCGAGAACAUUUUGGUCCUGCUGGUCAUCGCAAGCUCCGUCACUCUGCGCAAACGGCCAUCGUACCUGUUCAUCAGCAGCUUGGCACUGGCUGACACCUUUGCUAGCUGUUUCUUCACCAUCAGUUUUCUAGAUUUUCAUCUCUAUAGUCAAAACGACGGCCCUAAUAUCUAUCUGUUCAAGCUGGGUGGCGUCACAAUGGCAUUCACGGGCUCUGUGGGAAGCCUGUUGCUGACAACACUGGACCGUUAUCUCUGCAUCUACCAGGCUUCCAAUUACAAGGUGCUACUGACACGCACUAGAGCCAAGCUGGCUAUUGUAUUAUUAUGGUGUGUGACGAUUAUAAUUUCAUUUCUUCCUCUAAUGGGAUGGAGGUGCGCAACCAAUUUUAAUCCUCCGUGCUCCCGUCUAUUCCCGUAUGUGGAUCAUCACUACCUGGCUUUCUGGACGGGCCUACAACUUGUGGUGCUCUUUCUUAUCAUAGUCGCUUAUGCCCUCAUCCUGUGGAAAGCAAAUCGGCAUGAAACAGCUAUGGGUGGACCAAAGUCGGGGAGGCAGAGCGUGAAAGGACAGGCUCGAAUGCGAAUGGACAUUCAGCUCGCACGUACCCUCAGUCUGAUCCUCCUAAUCCUCGCGGUUUGUUGGCUGCCCGUUCUGUCCUUUAUGAUAGUGGAUGUCACAGUGACACUUACGAACAAACAACAGCGAAUGUUCGCUUUCUGUAGCACGCUCUGCCUGGUCAACUCAUGUGUAAACCCGCUUCUAUAUGCCCUACGCUGCAAAGAGCUGAGGGGGGAACUGUUUGCAUUGUUAGCGUGUUGCAAGGCAUGCGGGAAAAAUACUUUGGGAAACACUCAUAGCAAAAGAAAUGAAAAUAGUUCUGGGAUUAGAAAAAAGAGCAAAGAUCAGGCUGUUACUGAUAGUAACCCAGAUACUAUUUCUGAGGUCGUAGACAAACAGUAAAACAGCAUAUAAAUGUUAUUUAAAGUCCCAUUCAUGUGAGUAAUUUACCAACUUUUAAAUCCAUUUCACAAAAUGUAGUUCUUUAGGAUUUUUAUUUAGGUAAGCAUUUAUUGUAAGAAUAUUAUCCACCUUAUUUUUCAACGCCGAAGUAACGCUGUUCCAUAUUGAGCAUUCACCCACAUUGCGAAGCAUUCAGCAUUUGAGGCAUUUAAGCACAUAUGAAAAAAGACAUCACAUAUUAUUUAUCAAGCAUGUGAUGACCUAAAUCAAUGAUUCAAAAAAGCAUUUUUGGCAAAUCCAGGUCCCCUAGAAAUCUUUUUUUUUUAACAUUUCUGACUGUUGUGGAUCUCCUUAAAACUUUGCAUGCAUGUUUAGAAUCACCUGUCACAUGUGCUCACCAAGUUUCGUUAACUUUUGAUUUUUUAUUAAGGCUUUAUAGGCUUUGGGUAUAUUUGGACCACUUUUCUAAACGACCCCGGUAUAGCUUCCUAAAAACGGUACAUUUCAACCUUUUCUUUGAUAAUUAUUGACCUAGAGAGUCCAAAGAAUUGUACUGCAGUGUUUUUUUCCAGAUUGAGAGAAAAACCUAGCACGGGUUUGCAAAAGUGUUUUUUUUUACAUUUUCUCAAUCAUUUCUCAAACGGUUUGUCAGCAGUGGUUCUAGAGACAAAGUGGCUGCUUUCUUUCAAAUUUGUCACAGACCAUGAGUUAAACUGGCCCACCAAGUUUCAUUCCGAUCAAGCUCCGUUAACCUUGUCUAAUAGGUGCUCAAAAUUCAUUGGCCUAUGGCGGCUAUGUUUCGUGAGAUACACUAUGUUCCUAUAACCCCUUGUAGCACUGCGUGUACAAAUUUUCAUGUCGUCAGGGCAAACGGUUACGCGGUUAUAGCUGUUUUUAUGUUUUUCCCUCUUAUAGCACCACCAAGUGGCUAAGCUGUGCUGCUUUUUUCACAUGACCUCAGAUUCAGCUCUUAAAGAAGGUCAUCGGAUGCCCAUUUUCCACAAGUUGAUAUGAUUCAAAAUCAGCUCUGCAAAAAUCAUCCUGUUCUGGUCGAGGUUGCUUUAACUGUUAAUGAGCUCUGCUCGUCCCGCCCCUCUCUUCUCUCUGUGGAGUGACGAGCCUGUUUACAGCUGCUAAACUUGUUAACUAGCACGUUAUUAGGAAAGGCGAUAGCAAAGAUUCAUAAAAAAAAAACCCUUAUACUCACUUCUGCUGUAAGUGAAGCUGGAUCGCGCGAACAUAGACGGAUAUAUGUAGAUCGGGAGGCACUUUCCACUCACAAACAAACGUAAUCCACUGCAUCUUCAGCGGCUCGGAUGUUGGGAGUAAAUGAGGAACACUAUGUUCAUUAUUACAUCCGGCAACACAACACCUCAAUUGGAGAUACUCUUGUCUAACCUACAUCCCUCCUUCGGCAUUAAAACAAUGGAGUUCAGACUGUUACAGCUGACAGGUCUGAGGUAAGACGCUCAUGUCAGUCAACUAUGGUGGGAGCAAUUUGCACCACUAAACGAUCAGGAUGUGUGGCCCGAUUCGAGGCUUGUCGCAAGUGAUUUUUUGUCCUAAAAAUCCUGUUGUGUGGUGCCAUUACGAUUAUUUAACUGCUCCUGGUCGAGACAAAGCGUCCCCAAACUCGAAUCGUAAAUAUCAAACAUGACAGAAUACAUCACCCAUUUUCGUUUUUAUGCUUUGUUUUUUCACUGUGAAACAGAACGUGCAUCAGAAGAGCCAGCUGACGACGUUCAUUAUCUUCCAUUUGUUUUUCUUCUCUAGUCAGCAAGUGUGUGGUCUCACGGUCUGGUCGAAUCAUCUAGUGUGCGCUUUCAGAGGAUUAUUGUCACAGAUUCUCUAUUAUAGACUAUUAGUUUUGUUUUCAUGGACUUCUGAUUGGUUGUCUUUAGUCGCAUGUUCUCCUUUGUUCUGUUUUCCCGCCACUUUUCAGUUGUCAUGGUAAUUCAUCUAAUCUUCAUCAUCUAAUCUAAUCUUCCUUUUUGGUCACUCUUUAGUUGUCUGGUAUUGAUUGUAUUUUACGCACACUGUUAUACCUUUUGAGUAUUUUGGAGUUCAAUAAUAAACCUUGUUUUAGUUUUUAUCAUCUUCAUCUUCAUCAUUGGACUACCCGUGACAAUUAUAAGGCUAAAAAUCAGCUGAAACUGUCUUCAUGUCUGUGGUCUUCCAUGGUUUUAAAAUCAGUCAAGAUCUGAAAAUCAUCUAGUGUGCGGCCAGCCUUACACACGACACUUGAGCCUGCAAUGAAUGGUUUGGGAGUUAUGAGCAAUUUUGUACAUUUGAUCGCUGUAGUGCCAACGUCAGGCCAAUUGGGCUGAGUCUUGGUGACGUCGUAGAUGGUGUGUGUACUAUCAUCCCUUUAAAUUUCAAGUCUCUACGACUUACGGUUUGGACUGUCCAAUCAGUUUUACGUGGAGGUUGCUGAUCCUUGGCCAUUCUAACAAUUACAAUAGGGUUUCAGUGCUACACACUUUAACCCCUAAUAACAAAAGUGCAGUCAAUGGUAAAACUGUUGCACUACCAUUGUGUUCAUAAUUAAGAUAUUACAUUAAAAUAAUGUAGUAGGAUGCACUAGCUUCCAAUAUCAAGCAGCAAAACAAAUCUUUAUAAGUUUAGUCUUUAUAAGUUGUAUGACUAUAAUAUAUUAAGACUUCAUUUUACACUUGAAGAAAGACUAAUAGCUAUUAUAUUUGUAAACAGAAUGCGUUAAAAAGUUUCUUAAAUAUUUUAUUUUUUAGGAACAUACAAUGGGACAGUGCAUAAUGUGGCUAUUGUGAUCAGCUAUCUGUGUUUAAUCCUGUUUCUCUAAGCACCUAGCACCUUUCUACAGUAGUGAAAUGAUCUAUAAACACACUCAAAACAGCUGACUCACCAGCUACAUGUUGACCCAAGCGUAAAAGAUGCCAAAAUAUAUAUAGAUUACACUGUGAAACAAAAUAUCUUCAGCUUUAUUGAUGACAACUAGGAAAAACUUUACUUCACCUUUUGGAUAGAUUAUUCAUUAUGCUAUACAGUAUGUUUUACUAUAUUACAUAAAGUAAUUUUUAUAAAACACUAAGUAUAUUCUUAUAUGCUGCUUUGGCAAGAAUGAGCCUGCUAUGAAUGCAAAAAGCUGUGUAAUUGUUGUUAUAUUAACUUCUUAUACCUUAUAUUAACUUCCAUUUGAGAAGAAGUUCUGGUGCAUUAUUGUAUGUAUUGUAUGUUAGACCAAGUACUAGUCCUAUAUAAAAUACAGUAUGUCAUAACUAUAAAUUACUACUACAUUAACCAAUUUAUUGUCUGAUACAUCAAUAAAAACUCAUUUUCUGGAUAUCAGCUCUCGAUUUAAUGAACAGCAUUGUUUGUGAAGCUCUAUAUUCAUUUAGACACAUUUAUGCUAUGAUUAGCUGCUAAUAUGUUUAACAUAAAGUGUGAAAUUACCCCUCACUGUGUGUCUCUACAGAACACGUAGGCGGUUUUAACAUGAAGAGACAGUAAGGAAAUGAUUCCUUCUGAGUUGAAAGACUGCUUUGAAAGCUAACACAAACAGACACCAACAUGCAAAUGCUUCAGAAAUAUGGCCAUUAGCCAAAUAAACUAUUGCACUCAAUAAAUGUUGAUUCAUUUCAUCAGAGUCAUUCAUUUGAUCAGAGUCAUAUGACUGUAAGGCACCAAUCAGGAUUAGGCUGUUGGAGGAGUGGGCAUCUGAGAUCAAAGCUUAUCAAACUGAAAGUUUUAUUGCUAUGAAAUACUGGUCCACAAGGAGUUUAGGUAAAUUGAAAGAACAGAACAUAAAUGUCGGCGCAAGACGCCUGUUUAUGCGGGAAAAGUUCAACAAUGGCAAGCAUAAACUUGAGUAAGUAUAACUAUCACUUUCAUUAUUAAUAAUCUUUGUAAUUUGGAUCAAUACAUCACUGGAAACUAUGUUAAAAAAGAGGGCACCGACAUAAACCUCUAAUCACAGGUUGGGUGUGUUAUUACUGUUGUAGGUUAACUAGUGAAGUCAACGAUUUUUUAAAUAGAUGUUUUAUAUACUUUGCACUGCGUUUAUGUUUUGGUGCUUAGUAACAAAUUUAGUAUAAUUUAAUGUUAUUUGGUGAAAUAACAAACCUGUUUAUAAUACGCACCCCCCUCUCUCUGCGAAUGGUACAGUCCUCGGCUGUGUCGUUUUAGCAUUUUUGCUACAAAUCUGGCACUUGGUGUUUAAACCGGUGUGCGAACAGAGGGGGAGCCACCGAGAUCCUGCGAAGCGCAAUAAAAACCCCGAAAAAGUCGAUUUUGAAAGAGUAUUCGACGCA